CCAAAGAAUUACCCUUUCAGCUUCAUUUCCAUUGGUUCAACAACUUAUACACUGCAAAGCAAAGCCAUCAAAUUCCCAUCAAUCAAUUAAAAGUUGGGAACUUUUAACAAAUCGGGUGUCCCAAAACACCCAAAGUUCCAUUUUGUGUUUAGAUCUUAAUGGCAUGGCCCUCUCAUUCCCUUCUGUACUCAAAUCCAGCCUUCUUUGCUUGAUUCUCCUUUCGUCUCUCUCCUUCUUCUUAUUCCUCCAAGCUCCACGAAAACCCCCAUUAAUCCCCAAAAGAUCGCUUUUUUCGACUUCUUCUUGUUAUACCCAACACUCUUCUGAUUCCGACAGUGCCCUCAUUGACUACCUUUACCUCCAUUACUGUCUUUUCAAUGCCAACUCUUUUCUGUCAAUCCCUUUCCUUUCUCUCCUCCUCCUCCUCGACUUUUACAUUCUCAUCAAAACGGCACAAUCCCAUUUCUCCGUCGCCACCACGAAGCUCUCUUCUCUCCUCAACUUGUCCCCUUCCAUGGCCGCCGUCACUCUUUUGGCCCUCGGAAAUGGUGCCCCCGAUGUGUUUGCCUCCCUCCACGCCGUUCGUACGGGUCAUUACAGGACUGGGUUCGGCGCGAUUCUGUCGGCCGGGACGUUUGUCUCCGCCUUCGUGGUGGGUUUCGUCGCUAUCUAUGCGGCCCCCUUUGGGGUAAAGCCGGCGCCUUUCAUAAGGGAUGUGUUGUUUUAUCUCACUGGGGCACUGUUCUUGUUCUAUGUGUACCUGAGUGGCGAGAUUUUUGUGUGGCAAGCUGUUGGUUUCGUUGCGUUUUAUGUGUUUUUUGUUGGGUUUGUGUUCUGGAUGGAUUUUGGGACCGGGAAAGAGGAGGAAAAGCCUGUUUUGGAGAAGGAAAUUGUGACUGAAGAUCACCAUUUGCUUGAUAAAAAUUUCGAUCUUGAGAGGGGUAUGAAUGUAGAGAAGAAGGCUUCAGAAAUUGCAGGAGUAUAUGAAAUGGUCUCAAAGGCAUGGGAGGUUCCUAUCUCUUUUCUUCUCAAGCUCACGAUUCCGCAAACUUCCCCUUCGGAAUGGAAUAGAUUCUACCUGUCGGCUAAUAUUGCCCUUUGCCCUCUAGCCCUAUUAUAUGUUUGCAACUCGUACAUGCCAUUCGACCACCCCAUCGUGUUCCUCCUUGCUAACACCCCUUUCCCUCUUUGGUUUGUUGUACUAUUUUCAAGCUUCUCUCUUGCUGUCCUUCACUUCAUAUUGGAAAAAGAACCUCCGAAGAACGAGCAAAUCCCUGUGGUGAUUAUAGCUUUCGUAAUGAGCGUGUUCUGGAUAUCUACUGUUGCUGGGGAAUUGCUGAACUGCUUGGCAGCCCUUGGAUCACUUCUAGAAUUGCCUCCGGCACUCCUCGGGCUCACAGUACUUGCAUGGGGAAACUCUGUGGGAGAUCUUGUAGCCGACGUUGCGGUUGCCAAAGCUGGCCAUCCGGCAAUGGCUAUGGCUGGAUGCUUCGCGGGACCAAUGUUUAACAUGCUCGUUGGGCUAGGAUCGGCUCUGGUAUUGCAAACGGCCGACGUUUAUCCUGAAGCCUAUAAGCUUAGUUUUCACAUUGGUAUUAUCAUUGCAUUCGUCUUCUUGCUUUUGAGCUUGAUGGGAUCUCUACUGGUCAUAACUUGGUCGAGAUUCCGGGUACCGAGGUUUUGGGGAUUAUGCCUCGUCUGCCUUUAUAUUGUUUUCACACUAGUUAGCUUGAUCAUCGCUAAGUUUUCCGGGUGAUCGGUUUGAUCCUUUAAGCUCAAGGCAUUCGAUUCAUAUAUGCGAUGAACACAACCGAUGAACUUCAAAGACGAGGUGUUGGAUUAGUAUAUAUAUACAUGCAUGGUGUCAAAGGAGGAUGGAUACAAGGAAUUGCCUGCAAAUUUUAGAUAUAAUUGUAGUCUUCAUAUCUGUUAGAUCCUCAACUAUUAUAAUCAACGUUUUGUUUAGAGCAAAUUGGAAUAUUAUACAAAUCAGAAUAAUUUCUGUGUAAAAGGUAAUUAGUCUGAGCAUACAGUGAUGUAUUUGUACUCAGUAGAUGCGUACUGGUUU